AUGGCGUUCGUCGCCCACUGCACGCCGGUGUACGCUGGCCCGCCCGAGUUGCGAAUCACCUCGCCGCUCGUCAUGCACACCGGCCUUUUGGACGCGAAAUUCGCCAGCAGCAACGCCCGCCCAAAGUCCCAUCCAGCAAACCCCGCGCCGCGGAUGCUGUACGACACGGCGCUGUACGGCACGUACAGGCUGCCCCUGACCUCGGCGCGCGGGUUCGUCAGCGGCGGCCAGAUGCGGCUGGCGCGCAGCGGCGCGACGUCGUACGUCUACAGGCCGACGCGCUGCGACGCGCCCGUCACGAACCCUAGUACGGCUGUGAUGGUUACCAUCAUGAUCAUAUCACCAUCGUUGAGACUCAUGGCCGUCGUGCCGAUGCACCGGGCCCUCGGUAUGGAUACGUGCAUGUCCAUUGCCUACCGAGUUAGCCACCAGCUGGAUGAAGAUACGUUCCGCGCGUGGAACCCAGCCGUGGGCGAAGACUGUGGCGGGCUGUACGUGAACUACUACUACUGCGUGCUCGCGCCGCUGGACCUGGCCGCUAUCCCACCCGCAACAACGCAGUACACGUUCACGAGCCCAUCCGAGGCGGGCCUCCCUACAACAACCUGGAACCUGAGAGAAAUCGCCAUACUACGAUCAACGUUCUCAGGCGCCGCAGCAGGGUAUCUGGUACUGGCACCAGCAUCGACGAGUGCGGGUUGCGCAGACCUGCAGGACGUGUUCAGCUUGGCCGCGAAUGACGUCGAGGCGUGGAACACGGGCGUCGACUGCACCGCCACCCUGUCAUCUGGUAUCUUGUACUGCGUUGGCGACCCAACGGCGCUGCCCAGCCCGCUGCCGACCUGA